GUUAAGGCAAAAUGGGAACACACCUUAUAUCCUUAUGAACCUGCAAGACAUAUUACAUGGUAGAUGGACAACACGACGGACGUGCUAUGUCCACAGACCGAAGGCUUUAUGUCUCUGAUAAGUCUAGUACUGCUAUUUAAGGAAAGGCCUGUUUAUUUGAACCACAGUUUAGAAUUGUCAACAAGGAAUCAUUUAAAACUGCUAGUAUGAAGGCUUUACUGGUUCUAGUUGCUGUCAUUGGUUGCGCUGUUGCAGAGCAGUGUAGAAGUGAUUCUGACUGUUCACAUGUCCAGUGUGAUUCCUCCACCCAGCUCCACUGUGUCUACAAUACGUGUACAUGUACAGCACCAACUACGCAUAAAUGCCAAACACAAAGAGACUGCGCCUACCUGAUGAGGUGGGACUGCCCACGUGACCGUCGCCAUUGCAUUGAUGGAUUAUGCAAAUGUACUCGAUUUUAAUAAAUUGAAAAGCCUAUCUAACAAUAAAUGUAAAUUACUCAAAGAAAUUAUAUCGAGGAGUCUAAAAUACUAACAAAAUAUCUCGAAUAACAAGAAUGUCAAAUUUUAAAUAUCUCUGUUGAAUGAUCCGAGCUUUUUAUAUGAAA